UUCCAUAAUCCAUUGUUCUUGGUUAUGCAGACAGUAGCUGGCUAGUAUGGAGGCCCAGACUAUGAUAAACCUGAUCUAAUUUAAAGAAAUUAUUUGGCCCUUCUUGUUAGUCUUCAGAUUUGGUUCUUUUUUUUGAGAUACUGGUGUCACAUAAAAACAAGGUAGCAAGCACUGCUUUGGCCCUUGAUCCGCAGGUGAAGUCAUUAGAAAGAAUGGGCUUAUAUUUGAGUUCACAACUUUAGGAAUUCUGGUCAGUGUCCAUAAUAAAAGCUUGUACAUCUUCUCUUGCUUGGAGAAAUAGCUUCCUAAUAUAAAACUUCUUUCACCCUAGAAACCGGAUGGCUUCUAAUGCGAAUCUCAAGCUGCACAAAGGGAUUCUGCUGGAGGACGGCAUGCCAGCUGCAAAGAAGCCUAGGAAACUCCUGCCAAGUCUAAAAUGCAAAAAGCCCCAGGAUCUAGUCCUGGUGAUUGGAACAGGCAUCAGUGCAGCAGUGGCUCCUCAAGUGCCAGCCUUGAAGUCUUGGAAGGGCUUAAUCCAGGCCCUGCUGGAUGCUGCGAUUGACUUCGACCUACUGGAAGAGGAGGAGAGGAGAAAAUUUCAGAAGUGUCUCGAGGACAAUAAAAACCUCAUCCAUGUUGCUCAUGAUCUGAUCCAGAAAUUGUCUCCUCGCACAAGUAAUGUCCGUUCUUCAUUCUUCAAAGACUGCUUGUAUGAGGUCUUUGAUGACCUGGAGUCCAAGAUGGAAGACACUGGGAAGCGGCUCCUGAGGUCAGUGCUUCACCUGAUGGAGGACGGCGCCCUUGUCCUGACCACCAACUUUGAUAACUUGCUGGAAAUUUAUGCAGCUGAUCAAGGGAAACAGCUUGAAUCUCUUGACCUCACCGAUGAGAAAAAGGUCCUUGAGUGGGCCCAGGAGAAGAGGAAGCUGAGUGUUCUUCAUAUCCAUGGAGUCUACACUAAUCCCAGUGGAAUAGUGCUUCAUCCUGCUGGUUACCAAAACGUCCUACGCAACGUAGAAGUUAUGCGGGAGAUCCAGAAGUUGUACGAAGCCAAAUCUUUCCUGUUCUUAGGCUGUGGUUGGACUGUAGAUGAUACAACCUUCCAAGCCCUCUUCCUUGAAGCUGUGAAACACAAGUCAGAUCUGGAGCAUUUUAUGCUUGUGCGUCGUGGAGAUGUGGACGAAUUUAAGAAGCUCCGAGAGAACAUGCUUGACAAAGGAAUUAAGGUCAUCUCCUACGGAGAGGAAUACUUGGACUUGCCAGAAUAUUUUGAGAGGCUGGCAAAUGAGAUCUCUAACUGCAAUCAAGCAGGUUCACGAAAGUGGGGACAACUGAAUGGCACAAAUACUGUGCAUAUUGAAAACAAAGGGAGGAAUACUUGUUAAAAAGGGAACUGCCAUGUUUUACAGGACACCUUAGUUUAAGUAAGAACUCUCUGAAACCUGAUUUGGUCAGGUGAAACAGAUGGUGUGUUUCCCAUGUAGAGAGUAACUAAGAAAUAUCCAGGUAUUUGUCCAUUCAUUUGCCAGACAUUGGACCAACUGGAUGAGAUCUACAGGACACAUUGAUACUGUUCUUGAUAAUUAAUGCAGAAAACACUCCUGAUCGUUUAAUAGACCCUGAUGCUGAGGAACAGGAAGCACAUUCCACAACUUUUUCCCAGUUCUGUUCAUUGCAAGAUCCCCUUUGUGGAAAAAAUACCUAGCCUGUUUUAAGCAUCAAGAAUCCUUAGGGGUGAGAGGUAUCACUUCUGCUUUGAAAAGUCAUAUGAUGCAUGGAGGAUCUGUAUUUCAUUUAUAGACUAGUCCUCUCACCCAUCUCUCUUACAAGUUUCUCAAAGCUGUCAUUAAGUUACUACUCUGUAAACUUGAGGUUCUACAAGAAGUAGGGAUGGAUGAGAUAAUUGGUGGUUUGCCAUAUUUUGAUAAACUUGAGCCUGUGCCUUUUCAGUCUUCUGGGAGCUAGAAGUUUCUAACUGUUUUCUGUUAAGUAGUAGUUUCCAGCCAGCCUUUUUAUGAUUCUCUGUAUUCUUAGAAUGUCUCCUUUCAGUAAGACAAACAACUGAAGAUACUCAGGGAAUAACUGAGAAUGCUUGGUAUGUUGCCAAAGCAAGUGGCAUGCAGGUCCUGUAGUGAUAUGAUUGCAUGACAGCUGAGGAAUUCUGGGAAUUGAAGUCCACACAAUUUAAUGUUGCUGAAGUUGAGAAACACUGCGGUAGAUUAAGCCAUUAUAUCUCCUUCCAAGGCAGAUUUUCCCAGAGAUGAAGACAUAUUUAUUCAAUCUCAUCUUGAUAUUCUGUAAAAAUUUAGACUGAGCCACAUGAACAUUUUUUUUAAAAAAAGUGAAGAUCUAAUUUUCUAAAUCUUUUAUACUUUGUAUAAAUUUGAACCUGUGAUUGUUUUAAAAAGAAGUUCACUUGUCUCUGAUAUAUGAGCUUUAUGUAAAUUGUGUCUGCUAGUCAUGAUGGUAAUCAAUAUAAUAUGCAAACAGUACUUUUGGUUAACUAACUCAUGGUUUACAUAACUACCCAAAUUCUGGGUUGGUACAAUAGAGUGUACUACAUACUAAAAUAAUAGUUGACUAACUUGUGGUUUACCUGUUCAAUGUAGUUGAAUGAUGGUCUAGCUUAGCUAGACCUAUUUAAGUAUAUUUUGUCUGCUUUUAUAUAUUACUAAAUUGUGAUUUUUAAAGCUAUCAUUUACUGAUCAAUCUAAUCUGGUGGUGACACUAAGCCAAAAAUAAAUCAAAUGAAGGGUUGAUGCUUGUGUGUUAAUUUGGUCUUUAAUAGACAAAGUGGCAAAGCAACUGGAUAAAUAAAACUUUUCAGAUUUUUGUUUCAACCUAUCCAGUGAGCAGGUGGCCAGAUGGUGGACGUAGUCCUUAUUCCUGCUUGUUCAGAUCAAACUACAG